AUGGAUUCUGUCAAGCUCUAUAUAAGACGGAGGUAUAUUGAAAUUGUAAAGGAAUUAAUCAAGUAUUACCCAAAGGAAGAUCACUAUUCAAUCUUUGCUGAAGCAAUUAGUAUUGGUUCUUAUGAACUUGUAGAAUAUAUGAUUUAUCAUGGUUUCGACUUUCAUUCAGCAAGUAUUGAUGGUAAAACUCCUAUCUUUGAUGCAAUUUUGUAUAAUCAGGUUGAUAUUCUCCAACUCCUCAUUAAAAGUGGUGCUGAGCUUGAAUUCACUAAUAUUUAUGGAGAAACUGCUCUUAUGGCAGCAACAUCUAUGCUCUCUCAAACAUUGGAAAUGAAUGAUUAUAUGAAGCUAAUAAUAUCCUAUAACCCAUCUGAUUCAUUAAAACUUCUUAUUAAUCAAGGCGUAAAUUACCAUGCAUUAAAUAAAAAUGGCCAUAAUGUAACACAAAAUGCAAUUAUUAAUGGACUUAUUUCAGCUUGGAAUGUAUUGAGUCCAUUAUCUCUUCCUCCUUUGACAAUAAAUCAAGAAGAAAUAAGAGAACUCCGAGAAAAAUUAAAAGACAGUGAUGAGACUUUAUUUACAUAUAUUUCAAAGCACGAUGACGAAUGGUUUUAUGCGGUGCACAAUAGUAUCUUUGAGAACAAUGACAAGUACCCUGAUGUAAAUGAAGCGAAUAAAUAUGGAGAAACUCCUGUUAUGUGCGUUAUUAAAUAUAAUAAAAAUCCGGCUCUUUUGGCAUUACUUAUCACUGCAGGUGCAGAUGCUGAUUUGGAAUAUAACGGAAAGACGCCAUUGCAGAUCU